GCGGUGUGGCCCGGGCACCAGGUCCGUGCCUGCAUAUCUAUGAAUCAAUGCAAAGCAGGUUGCGAUUGCAAUGGCUCGACGAGGGGCGCCACUUGUUUAGUUUGUUUCAUAGUUGCUAUCCUAUCUGCUAUUGCUAUAUACAGAACGCCAGAAGAGUACCAGAUUCGUAGAUCCCAUGGACUCUCACCAUCGCACAUCAUCAAUCAAUCAGUUCGUAAGUCCGUCAUUUUCAUCUAGGGUCAUGGGCACAAGCCUCCGAAACAAAACCAGUAGAUCGUCUGAGGUAGUUGCAGCGACCAUUGUUAACCUCAAAGG